UCCAUGACCAAGCAAAGGUAGAGAGCAGGUUAGGGAGGGAGAGGCAGGUGACUUUUAUCCAGACUUACUGACUUCUGAAGAUUUCAGUAAGGAGAGUCAAUUUGUAGUUAAUCAUUUUGCCCGUGGGUCCUGUCGAAACGAUCGAGUGUCUUCUUUUUCGCUUUCUUCUUUGUUUUAAGCUUUUAAUAUCCUGCUGUCAAGCAUUUAUUUUUGGACUGAUCAGGGCAUUUAUCCUAAAAUCAUCUGAUUUGGGUGAUGCCAGAGAGAAAACUUUGGACAAGGCAUGUAGGUAUGGAAGCCUUGAACAGCGUGGGCAGCACCGGUAGCUGUGACAGUAUUGAAAGCAUCUCCUCCAACCACUCUACAUUUAGUGGAGAAGGAUAUGAUCAUCUUUCUGCUGAAGAGCGAGAAUGCUUGAUGUUUCUUGAAGAAACUAUAGAGUCCUUAGACAAUGAGGAAGACAGUGGAUUAUCAAAUGAUGAAGUUGAAGCAAAUAAUAGGGACAGCCUCCUGGCUUCAGAGCCAGCGAAGAUUCAGUUUUCUGCUAACAAUGAGAAAAUAUCACCAAAGGUUGCAACACUGCCUAAACGAGAAGAAUGGACAAAUACAGCUAAUAACUUAAAUACAGUUUCACAGGGACACCACAGUUUUCCAAGAGUCCAAGUUUCCAAACCAAGUCCAAAACAACCAUUUGAAAGUAAGAUGGGAGGCCCCCCAAAAGACCAACAGAAGCUAUCGCCUGAGAAACCCAAAAGGAUGUCUACAAUUAAUCAGCAGCACACAGGAGAAUCUCUUGUAUCAGAGUCCUUAAUUCUACCACCGCCUGAAGCUUUCAGAGACCCCCAGAUUGUAGACAAACGGCAUUCCGUCACUGAUCCCACAGACACUCGUGAAGUCUGGUUUGAUAGAAUAGUACUGAAACCUGCAGCAAUUUCAGAACAUCAAGAGGCACUGGUUACAUUAAAGCAAUCCAACCAAACAUUACCACCGCCUGUAUACCCAAGGGUUUCUUCACCAAAUAAAUUCUUAACAGGUGAACAAGAGAAUCUCAGUCAAGCCAUAGAAAAGCCUUCAGAGACACACUUUAAACAGGGCCCACCUACAGCACCCAAGCCACGUACAUUACCACCCCACAUAGUUAUUAAAACAAGCAGAGGGGAUAUUCAAAAUCUAGACCCACAGAAAAGACCAAGAACCUUUUCAGCACAUGAAAGGAGCACAGCCAAUGAAUCUGUAAUGACAAAUGUUCUCCAUUCUAAAGAACAAGAGCGUGCUAGGCAAGAGGCACUGCAAAAACUAGGCUUGGAGAAGAAAUCUAGUUCUCGUGAAAAUGUAUCGGUUCCACCAUUCAAAACGGACCACCCUGCAGCACCUGGUGGAAAUAAACAAGAGAAUAAAGAAGAUAAAAACAAAACUGUUGUAACAAAUCAGCAAGAGGAAAAAAAAUCAUCAAAAAGUGUUCCGGUACAGCCUCUUGUGGCAAAAAAUGAAGCGUUUGCCAAGAAUAGGCUAAGCAUGAAAUCAAACUUGUUUGAGAAAGCUGAACAGCCUGUAAAUAGUACUCAUGGCCCCAUAACCAAUGAUAUCACUGUAAACACUAAACACAGUGAGAAGACAAACAUCCAAGAAAAGCCAAAUGAACUGACAACUCUGUCUUUAAAUGUACAUGAAGUAACUGAUAACUCCAAGAAUGUAAAAUCUGAAAGUCAUGAAAAUGCCUCACAACGAAAUCCAGUUCCUCAAAGAAAGGAACAUUUCACUGAUAAACCUGAUCAUUCAUUUAGAGAAGCCUGCUUUAACUCAGACACUUUUCUGAUUCCGGGUCAAGAUAGUAGUAAAAAUCCUGUAAAGUUGCAGACAAGCACAGCACCCAUUCAAGCAUCCAUCGUACCAGAAAAAAAUCUUGUGCCUGACAAAACAGCAGAGCAUUUUAAAAGAGUUGACCGUUUUCAGCGUAGCUUAGCCCAAGAAAAUAAAACUGCUUCUUUAGAAAAUAUUAACAUGAUUAGUACCAGCCCUAGAAAUAGGUUUAGUUUUUCUCCGCCAAAAGAACCGCUGGAUACUCAACACAGUGCUAAAGUUACUCAUAAUGAUGGGAAGGGCAGGCCGCCUGUUGAUAAAAGCAAUAGACACAGCACUCAUUUUGAACCAUCUGAUGAACCAUAUUUGCGUCUUCCUCAGGGUUUAGUCCCUGGUCUGCGACAAAUAAGUAUCAAGUCAAAUACCUUGGAACGGUCUGGGGUGGGUCUUAGUAGCUCUCUUCCGAGUAUUGAAAAGGGAGGCAAUUCCUUUUUUAAGAAGCCGAUAUUUUCUGGAAAUUUCUUGCGAAAUAACAGACCAAGACCAGCAUCCCUUGGUACAGGGAAAGACUUUGCAAACCUAGAGCCCAGUACUGCAGCUGCAGAAAGCACAGAGAAGCAUUCAUUUUUUUCAAAGCCAUCUCGUCAAUCUGCUCCCGUCACAAGUGUUAAAAUUGCGCCAAAAGGAUCCACAGAUGAACAUAGACGACAAGCCUUGAAAAAGCUUGGCAUUCUCAAGGAAUGAGCAAUAGACAUUACUCCUGAAGUACUAUUGAUUAUAAAGCCUAAUUGAACUCUCUUUGGAAAGUGUCCAGAUGAAUUUGCUGCAGCGAAACAAUUUUAUUUUCUCAUUUUUGAUUCUCCUCCAUGUUUUCUAUUGCUGAUACAGUUGUAGCACCAGUGAAAUACAAACUUUGCUCCUCAGUAGUAUGUUAAUAGACUGCCAUGCCCUGUGUUUUACUAGUAGUUUUUUUGCAGUGACCAGACACAUACAGAUUUACAGAUCUCUGUCAAUUU